GAAGACCGAUUAGCUGUGAAGUCACUUUGGCCUGAGAAUGAAGGCGUCACUUCUAUCCCCUACAAGAUCAACGAUUAUCUGGUGGACAGAAAGGUAACUAUACUAGCAGCGUUGAAGAUUUCAGACCAGACGUGUAUCCUCUUCCACGAAUACACCAAUGAGAUUAACUACAUAGACAUCAUCUCUGGGACAGGCUGUGCGUCGUAUGUAGGUUUUCAGGGCGGGGCCCAGUCUCUGUACUUCGGUAGCGUCUGUAACGUGGGGAACCUGUGCCAUGAGCUGAUGCAUGCCCUGGGCCUGCACCACGAGCACACACGGCCAGACCGUGACCAAUACAUCACCAUACAGUGGGACAACGUGGUCCCUGGAAAAGAAGAGAACUUUAAGGUGAAGAAAGGAGACACUCAGGACCUGCCCUAUGACUACGACUCCAUAAUGCACUACGGAACAUACUACUUCUCAUCAAACCGGAACCCCACUAUUGGCUCCAAGAAGAGGGGAGUCCAGAUUGGACAGAGAAAUCACCGGAGCCCCCUGGACAUAACACGCCUUAACAAACUCUAUCAAUGUG